CAUUCGCUCGUACGCUCCGUCCAAAGCGGACUUAAGUAGUAAGAGGUACGUCGUCGUUAUCGUCGUCGUCUUCGUCGUUGUCGCAGUCACCCGUCUUCCCGUCGUUUUCUCGUCGCAAUCGAGACGUAGCAGCCGGACGGAUCGAGGCCGAGAAGAAGACGCAACCGUGAUAGUAAAAAGCGGAAAACAGAUCGACGAACGCGCGACGAACAGAUCUUGACGGAUCACGGAGAACACGCUCGUGUGAUCUCUCGCAGACGGCAGUGAAGAGCUCGCACGCACCCCCUUUUUCUCGCCACGUUGCGUACCGUUCAUCAGUGAGCGCUGAUCAGGCCGAGAACCGGCGACUGAGAGACGUCCAAGUCGAUCGAUCGUCAUCGAGAGAAACCGCCGAGAUUAAUCGCUAUCAGAGAAGUCCGUCAGGAAAGAGGAGUACCAAGGAAGACACAAUGGCAGUCGCAGCCGCCCAGAAGAACCGCGAGAUGUUCGCUAUCAAGAAGUCUUACAGUAUCGAGAAUGGAUAUCCUGCGCGACGACGUUCUCUCGUAGACGAUGCCCGUUUUGAGACUUUGGUCGUCAAGCAGACGAAGCAAAGCGUACUCGAGGAAGCUCGACAGAGAGCGAACGACAAGAAUGCUGAUCAGACCAUCACUCGUAGUCAAGAGCAGCAGGGACAGGGAGAGCAUUACGUUGAUGUCUCAUCGAGUGACGAUGAGCAGGUGGAGUCACUGAUUUGCGCAUCGAAGAAGGAAGAGGCGAAAGCGGAGGCAUCGUCGGACAGUGAUGGGAAACCGGAUGACGAUGAUGAUGAUGAUGCCGGACUCACCGAGGAGGAAGUGGUGCUGGCAAAGACGAUUGCGGAGUCGCCGGAAAGCGAGCACAGCGUGCAGAAAGCGGCAUUGGUACUGAGGCUGCGGGAGGGCAUUGGUUCUCUAGGUCGAAUCCUGAAGACCAUCGAGAACUUCAAGGGCGCGAUCACCCACGUGGAGUCGCGGCCCUCCAAGAAGGAGGGUCUGCAGUUCGAAGUGCUCGUCAAGAUCGACAUGAGCAGGCAGAGCCUGCUGCAGCUCAUCCGGAAUCUGCGUCAGAGUUCGGCCCUGGACGGCGUGACCCUGCUGGCCGACAACUCCGUCAGCAUCAAAGAUCCAUGGUUCCCGCGUCACGCGUCUGACCUCGACCACUGCAACCACCUGAUGACCAAGUACGAGCCGGAACUCGACAUGAACCACCCAGGCUUUGCUGACAAGGAGUACCGUGCUCGCCGCAAGGUCAUUGCUGAGAUUGCCUUCGCCUACAAGUACGGCGACCCGAUACCGAGUAUCCCGUACACCGAGACGGAGAACGAGACCUGGUCGCGCGUCUUCAACACCGUGCUGGACCUGGUACCGAAGCACGCGUGCGUGGAGUACCAGAGGGUCUUCAAGAAACUGCAGGAGGAGAGGAUCUUCGAGUCCCAUCGUAUACCGCAGUUGCAGGAGGUGAGCGAUUUCCUGAAGAAGAACACGGGAUUCACCCUGCGGCCGGCAGCUGGUCUCCUGACGGCGCGGGACUUCCUGUCCAGCCUUGCCUUCAGGGUAUUCCAGAGCACCCAAUAUGUCCGCCACAUCAACAGCCCGUACCAUACUCCUGAACCAGACUGCAUUCACGAGCUCCUGGGCCACAUGCCGCUCCUGGCUGAUCCCAGCUUCGCCCAGUUCUCGCAGGAGAUCGGUCUGGCGUCGCUCGGCGCCUCGGACGAGGAGAUCGAGAAGCUGUCGACCAUCUACUGGUUCACAGUCGAGUUCGGUCUCUGCAAGGAAGGGCCAGAGGUCAAGGCCUACGGCGCCGGCUUGCUCUCGGCUUACGGUGAACUCCUGCACGCGUUGAGUGACAAGUGCGAGCACCGAGCUUUCGACCCGACAACCACCGCUCUGCAAAAGUAUCAGGAUCAGGAGUACCAGCCGAUCUAUUACGUGGCCGAGAGCUUCGAGGAUGCUAAGGAGAAAUUCCGUCGUUGGGUGGCAACCAUGAGCCGGCCGUUCGAGGUGCGAUUCAAUCCUCAUACGCAACGCGUCGAGGUCCUCGACAGCGUCGACAGGUUGGAGGAUCUGCUGGCCCAGCUCAACACCGAGAUGACCCACCUCACGAACGCCGUCAACAAAAUGAAGGCGAGAUACUUCGCGUAAAGCUGCGAGCUGCCGCGACUUCGUUGUACCAAUUCGGUUAUUCCUCUCGCGGACCAUCGAGCCCAGAGCAAGUCGAUCGCGCUUUUAGUCAGCCGCAUUAGCUUCCCUGAACUUUCUGACGACAAUAAACGUAGACACAAACGCGUUCUCCCGGGAGACUACACUAAAACUUCAUACAUGAAUGACGCACAACUGUCAUCGCUUAAUUUCGAUUUUAAUUGGAAAAUGUUUGUUUGAAGUAAAAAGUUUUCAAUUUCGUCGAUGCUUUAGCUUCCGGGUUCGAUGGUGCGCGUCACCUCAUCGUCGUCAUUCUCGUCGCGCGCAUCAAGACGCGUCCCUCCUCACCCUCCGUGUAUAAAGUCGUUCAUUUGCGUUGUCGUACGCGCGUAUCUGCACCGAUUAAUUACUUAUUCGAUUCGAGAUACUCUUAUUAAAUCGGAUAACGAAUCACUUAAAUUUCUUGCUUCUCCUGAGAAUGCAAAACGUAAAUGCUGCUCUCGCUAAUGGCUGCACGUACGCGCGUACGAGUCACAUUACUAUUAUAUCAUUAUUAUUAUUAAUUAUUAUUAUAUUAUUAUUAUAUAUAUAUAUAUAUAUAUAUACCUUGUUCUUUAUUCUAUUACAUAAUAUUAUAUUAUUAUGUCAGCACAUUACGUAUAUUACGUUAUUCCGCAUGAACUUGCUUGAUCCAGCGAACACUGGCAUUUGCCCCCGAUAUUUUCGACGUAGCGCAGUUUCGCAAGCAAUCGUACAUACACUCCCACCCCUCGAAACCCCAGAAUUCGCGGGGAUCGAUCGCACGAUCGCGCGAACAGAAUUCGUCGUUCAGACAUGUACACACACCUGAUACGUUACAGUAUUCUCUCUCUCUCUUUCUUUUUCUUUCUUGUUAUCAAUUAACACACUGUCAUAUGGGGUUGUCGUCGGGCAGCCAUCUCCUCCCCCCUCCCCUAGGCGGAUCCUUCACCCUAGAUCCUGCCGCGCUUAAUUUAGGAUUCACGCGCAAUUCGGAGUGAACAGUAUUUCGUAAAGCGUAUCUUUAAGUCGUGUUCUUACUUAGGUAACUCGCAUAUCGUAGGUCGCUGCGUCGCUCCUGCCGCAAUCCCUCCCUCGGGCUCCCCUGGCGGAGCGGAAGUCGCGGGGGAGCGACGCCGCUUUAGUGAGCCACUCUAUUUAGCGGGUAGUGCGUGAUAGUUUCCCCCCUGCUUGCGCACGCUGUGCCUACCCGGCCACCCCGGUCGCACACCGGACUCGCGCGUGCACCACGUGCGCGUAACCCCCACCCUCCCUCCCUUAGAUCGUAGCGAUCUCGAUCGAUACACAUGACACUUGUUUCCUUUGUAUUAUAUUGUAAAGUACUCACAGAGCAUAUAAUAAAAGAUUAUAAGAUA